AUGGAAACUGUUUUAAGGACAUUUGAAAGACGCUUCAAGCAUUCAAAAGGAACGAUUCAGAAUUCGGUCAUCUUAUUGAUGAUUUAUGGAUUUGAGGAAUUCAUAAGCACGCAAUUGUUCAGGUGAGAUGAGUUUCUUUAUAAACACAAAGUCUUGCAGCCACUCCUAGAUCAUUCUUCAAUCAAAUUGAAAAGCUACUUUUCUAGGUUAAAACGGCAGGGAGGAACUUUUAAUUCCGGUGUAUGAGAUCGCGACACUGUGACUGUUACUGUUGUAAAAUCUGUAGUUUUGUGCCACUUUAUUUUAAAUCAGUGCAUCUUUUGCCCAAAGAGGCGUUUUACAAGAAUGUACUGAAGUAAAAAGACACAAUAGUCUUUCAAAAAAAUAAAUCUUACAAAUGACAGCUUGCUUUAGCCGGUACUUUCAUUGUUGUUUAAGGUUGCAUGAAAAAUUUUCCGAGGGAGUUGAAGAUCAUCCAACUUUUCAUUUUUUUUUCUUUUACUUUUUUGAAUAGCAUUACAAAUUUUGAAAACUCUUUUUUACCUUUAUGGCUAUUUGACUGAUUAUCUUUAUGUUGCUGAACCAAAUCAUGACUCUAAAAGCUAUUUUCGAGUAUGUGCACCGGUUUUAAUUUGGGUUCGCGCACAAACAUUCUAAAAUAGCUACGAGUCUGUGUUAGUUCAAGUAAAAUUAUCGUUAAAAAAAGAAACUGAGCCUGAUCUAGAAAAAACGAAUAAAAAUUUCCCCAUAAAGGACAUAAUUUUGAUAAGCAAACUUUUCUUUCCCGUCGUUUUCAGCUUCUUUAAAAUAAAAACAGAAAGAAAGCCAGAUUUUUUUAAUACAAAGAGGAAUCACGAAAUCAUCUGCAGCUGGCCUUUCAAGACAUUAUUAUUUAUUUAUAACUUUCGCUGUUAAAAUCAAUUGAAAAACAACUAAAAAAAAUUCUUCUCGAAGAACAACAGAAUAAUUGGUUUAAGUUUAUCAUACAAAGAGCGAGAGAAACUCAUAAGCCAAGUGAAGUAAGUCACGUUACCUGAUUUUACCAAGUCGGCACCAUACUCUGACUAAUUCCCCAGUCUCGGAACUGGGCUGCAUAUCAUUGAAAAAUGGCUGGGAUUUUUGUCUCUUAUUAACCACGGUCAGCAGGGCUAUUGGGAAUUGAUCUCUAAAUUUACUAUUUAUAUUACUGAAACUGAAAGGAAUUCACCUCGUCUCUCUAAAUCCGGGAGAAGUAAAAAAAUAAGUAGAAAAAUGUAAACACAAGUCAUGCCGAUUUUCGUUUUGUACACGUAAAGGGUGACGUUACGUAGCCUCCUUAUGAUACAAAAAAAAUACAGAAAAGAAAAAAUGAGGGAUACAUAUAUUGCUUAUAGAAAAUAAAAUAACAUCGUUACGAAUAUGGCCAAUAGGGCACUUCCAAGUAAGUGCCGUUUGAGUUAUUAUAACUAAACAAUAACUGAUAAAUGAAAACCAUGAAUUUAUUGGUAGCACAGCCAUGAAGUGUUUUUUGGUCUAAUAAUGUCCCCCUUUGGGGAAGGGGAAAAACAGGAGUAGCUGCGGAAAAAACUUCUCGCCCCGGAGCAAGGGCAAGAACAACAAUUAAUUUAGCCCUCUUGUUAAGAGGUUUGCUUAGCUUCUCAACAUUUUUGUACGCUCAGAAGUUUUGCACACACCAAUUCAAACGUUAGCGUAAUACAAUUUUAUAGCCUCUGUAUUUCCUGUGCUUGUUGGGUUUGGAAACAUCUUGCCUCUCGUUAUUGAUGCAUGACGUUUAUCACCAAGCUGUUCCAGUUAAUCUAAGAAGCAUGUUCAGGCCAACAACUGAUGUAUAUAACUAUAGAACCAGGUCUGCAUCAAACCAACAUUAUUAUGUUGAGUGCUCUCGAACGGAAAAAAUGAAAAAAUCAUUUCUGAGAAUUGGUGCUCUGAUAUGGAACGGUCUAUCUAAAUCUCUUAAGUCGUUGAGAAAUCUCAAUUUAAAUACAAAAUCAAACAAAUUCUCCCGGAGUUUCUUCACAGAACGUGCAGACAGACAGACAGAACGUGCGGACUUGACGCACACGUGAUUGAACCAAGGUGGACUCCUCUAUUUACUUAAAUGGGACAGUGACCAACACGAACGCUUCGGCUACUUUGGUCACUGUGCACAUAUCAACAAAACUUGUAUAUUUUAUUUACUUUUCAUCAAUUGUUAACCUACUGAUUCUGUAAGCCAUCUUAUUAUUAUAUACUGUACCAAGUUGAAUAGUGCGUAAUAAACUUGAACUCCCCAAAUACUUUGUGAUAUUAAGCAAAUGGAAAUGUGAUAAUAUCUUACAUAUUUCAUUUUUUUUCCUUGUCUGCCUCCAAUAUCAAUUAACAUUAAGCUUUAAAAUAAUAUCUGUAACUCUACAGAUCAGCUUCUAUAUUGUUAUGUUGACAAAUUUUUAUUAUUUUUAAUACGAUUUCUUUUCCCUGCCUCGAACUAUAUUUAGGUUCAAAAUAUGUGUGAAUAAAUUAAACUUUUGUUUUUUUAUUAUCUGAUUAUUAAUGAAGGCAUGGGGCCUAUUGAGGGAAAAUCAAAAGUGAAACUUUGCUCGGGAAUCUUUUUUCAUUUCCUUUUCCGUCGUUUUUUGUGAAACGUUCCUAAGUAUUAUCUUUAGGUUUACUUGUAAAAAAAAAACACUUUAUGCGUUAACUCCCCUUUUACCUGUCAAAACAUUAUCUUCUCUUGUUUCAGGUUAUUUUAAACGUGUGAAAAUAUAACCAAUACUCAAAACGUAGAGGAUGCUUAAAUUUUAGGCAAAGCCUGUGGUUAGGAGUGUACAGGCGCCCGCGGAAAUCCCUAAAAGAGAUUUUUCAUGUACCCCCGGGUUCAUUACCUACCAAAUUACCAAGAGAGUUGUGGAAAAAAUACAACCCUUAGUGCCGGAAUUACUUAUAGCCGACUGGAGGUGUUUGAUGUUGUAAUGAAAAAAAGUGUCUCAUGUUUGCAUGAUAUUACUUGUAAAGACAAUGAUCCUGAAUUACUAUACAAUCAAGAAUACAAAAACGAGGCCUUCAUCAGAUAUGGAAGCAUGGUGUGCAAGGGUGGCGUAGUGGUGAGAGCACUUGUCCCCCACCAAUGUCGCCCGGGUUCAAACCCCGGCUUCCACGCCUUGUGUGAGCUGAGGUAGUCGUGGUUCUCUCCCUUGCUCGGAGAGGAGAGACGGAAGAGGAAAGAAGACGGCAAACCUUGUGUGACAAGCGUGAAAACAACUUUGACUGAAAAAAACAUUCCUCCAAACUUAACCCUCCUUUAAAUAGAUCUUUUUGGAAAAGCCCAGAAAACAUUAAUUUAAGUGAAGAUCACGACAAAACACGCAAGUAACAGCCCUGUCACGUUUGUCACAAACAAGCGAUUUGGCGUUCUGUUGCGUAAACUCACUUUUUUUUUCCCUCCUAUCUUGCCAGAUGUCCUUGUAGAAACAACUUUUUGUACAGCGUGGUUAUGAUGGCUGGCCCCUCCCUUUUUCUAUUGGGCCUCGGUUUCAUGAUGAGUGGAGGUUUCUGGAAGACCUUACAGGAAGGAAGCAAGCUCAAACAUUUCAAUGAAAGACUCAACUACCGGAUGAAGUCACUCAGUCGACUCUUCCAGCCAUUUCUAGCCCCCACGGCAUACAUAACGAUGGUCUUGUUAAAAGCAGACAUUUUUGUGUGUUCCCAAAUUGGUGCUGUGCGCAAUGUGGCUUGCCAGGGUGCUGUGUCAGACACAAAGUUAUCACAAGUAAGAACUUUUGAAAUCCUUGCCAGCUGAUCUUUUAAAGUUUCACUUUCUCAUUUAUCCUUAUCAUCCAAACAUGCAGUCUGAGAAAAUUCUGAGAGCUAAGUAGCUACACCUAACUCUUGGCUAUUUAAAGCAAUAACUGCAAUGUAUUUUUAAUCUUCGCUUCCACAUAAAUGGUCAAUUGUCCUUGUAAAAAAUAAGCCAGUGGUUGAAAAACUCUUUCGUCACAUUAUUUCUUUGAGAAUGCGAGGUAUGGGUUAAGGCUUCCUGUGGCACUCGCUGGCAUCCGAGCAAAAAAGCUGUUUUAUCACCAUCAUCAUCAUCACCAUCAUCAUCAUCAUCAUCAUCAUCAUCAUAAUCACCAUCAUUAUUUUUUAUUAUUUAUUACGGAGGGAAAAAAAACAAGUAUUAUCAGGAGCCAUUCACCCUGGUAAUGUAUCCCUAACUCGGCCCUAAUCUCGUUCCCAGAUCGGCUUCGUCAACAAGAGAUCUGGGUACGAGAUUAACUCGGCCCUGAUGAGACUGUUUACUGUGUUCAUGUGGGUGAAAUAAGUGUCAUCAUACCAAUAUAAUCACUGAAGCACACGUACCAGCGCCGCGAUAUGACCAUUACUUUACGCAUGCACUUAACCAUAUCACCCGGGCAGUGGCAGCCAUGGACAGCUGUUCCACCCUUAUUGGGGCUCAUCAGCAUGGCACAACCGUCGGACCUCUGUACGGAAAGUCGCAGAGUUGGAACUAGUCCGCGUAGCAAGCGUUUCAGUUUGGUUUCGGAGCAAAAAGAGACCGUGGAAGGGGAGUUUCGGUUUUGAUCGCGCGAGAAAUUUACUUGCGCCAUUUUUCGCGCGGUCUUUGACUCUUGUUGCUCGUUCUUUGCUCCUAAACCGCACAGAAACGCUUACUACGCAGGCUAAGUUGGAACGUGUGCGUCAGUGCUUAAAUUGGUAUUGUAACACUCAGGCUAAAGCCAAACAUCUAACCUUUUCAUGAGACGAACCAAACUCUAAUUAGGGUCAACUUACAUUAAGUUAAGAUAGGACGCGUCGAACUAACCAACUGAAUCAGACCAAAAGCAAUUUUAACUGGCCAGCUGGUGUUGAGUAUAAUAAAUUUUCUCUCGAACGAGGCUAAUUGUACAUUAUCAUACAAAUUUUUAAUUUAUUGGUUUAGUUCGUCGCAUGUGAAGAUCGUCGUUUGUCCCGGAGACGAUCUUCAGACAUGUUAGACGAUUCGAACUCACUCAGACGAACUUAAGUUAACCAGACGUCGAACUCUUUAUGAACAUAACUCAGUACGUUUGGUUCGUCUCAUCAAAAAAUCGACGUUUGGCCAGGCCUCAGUGGGGAAGUGUCCUACGAAUUAAUCCAGUUGUAUCUAUGACAACCAGAUUCACUGUACUGGCUUAAUUUACCCCCAAAUCAGUGAGUUUCGUCGUUGUUGAUUACUUACAAAGGGAUUUCACUCCACUAAUGGUUACUUUCUCCCUUCAUCCAGGAGAAGUCAAACGAGCUCUACAUUCUCAAGGUACACACGCAGUCCCAGAUUCUCGGGUUAGGUAUCUUGGUCGCAUUAACGCUGUUUUCGCUGGGCCUCGUUUGCAUUCAGCGAUGCUGCUUUGAAGACGACACGCUUCCGAACCCGGGUGAAUUCGCAAAGCUUGAAAAAGAGGUACUAGGGAAUUUAUUUCGCGAGAAAUUGUUGCUGGCCAUUCAAGAAGACGCAAAGAAAAAGGUGAACGACGUGUUCCAGAUCAAAUCUAAAAGGGAUGUUAAAGAUGUUUUUAACAGAGCCAGAGAAGCACUGAGAGCUAUUAGUUACACUACCGACAGGAAUGGACGAUAUAAUAGACUGAAUAUUGACGAUGAAGAAACUGAAUUGCAGCUUAUGGAUUCCACCCAUCUGUAA